AUGACAGCCCGACAAGCCUACCUAGACUCCCACGCCAGUCUCAACGCAAGCAUAGACGACUUUGAUCUCCCCCAGAACUUCUCUCCAACCGUCCCCGAAUAUCCCUCCCACCACUCCGGCUUCCGAUCCCACGGAGGCUCAGAAUACAGCGAGCAAAGUUCACGGCGCUCCUACUCCCCACCCGCCUGGCGCAAAGCCGGGAGUUCGUGGUUCAAGCAACAUGCGGGUAGUCUUUCACCUAGCAGGAGUGGUGUGAGGAGUAAAGAGGCUAGUCCGCAGUACCAUGAUGCGGUUGAGGAGGACGACGAGGGUGAUGUGACUGCGUAUCGGUUUGCGACGAAUUUGCCUUUACCUGGGUCGCCUACAAAGGGGAGGAGUGUUAGUAAUACGCCUGAGCCGGAGUCCGUAAAUGCAGUGGAUAGAGGUGGUGGCGCGCAGCAGCAGCCGCAGGGAGUGAAUGCGCGAGAGCAGAGUGUGGAGACUGAGUCGCCUGAGGUGGAGACGCCUACACAGAGUAAUUGGACACUACUUGCUUGGAUGCUCGGCGUGCAAUUACUGUCUACUCCCAGCAGUGGCCCAGUACCGGAUCUGAUCAAGGUAGCUGGAUUGGCAAAAGCACUUGAACCAGCCAUCUACUACUCCGAGCGAGGUCAUACACAGAUCGGCGAACUACAAGAGACUGGAGUGGCGGUCUGGGAUCUUGGUGAAAGCGUGCGCAACACGAACAUGACAUCUGCACCGGUGAUCGUGCACCAACUGGAUGACCUUAGCGACAGCAUCAAGACUCUCGCCGUCGAACUCACACGCUUCUUUGCUGGCGUCGACGGCGAUAUCGACAAUAUCCUCAUCACAAUGGAAUGGGCGCAACGCGAGCUUACAGCUCUGUCAACCGUCCCACAAUCAACCAUCUCUAGUGUCUGGUCCAAUACCCACAGUCUCUUAAGCCGCGUAGGCCUCAUGAGCCAAGGCCAACUCGCUCAGUCCUUACUAGGACAAACACAUCAACAACUCACCCGCUCCACGUUGGAAAGAGUCUUCAACGAGUACCUAAGUGUGCUUGAAGAAAGCAUCAACAACGAACUCACGUACAGCAUGCAGCUCUUCCAGCUGUUCGAGGCCAUCGACAAGCAGUUCCUGAAUCUGCAGCGGAGUGUGAUACGUGAGCAGGACACGCAGGAGAGACUCGAGAACGACUUCCUCUCCUCUCUCUGGACAAAGGUGAUAGGUGUCAACGCCAGCAAACUCCGCAAGUAUGAGAAGAACAAAGAUCUCCUCGCCUCGGUUCGUGAUCGCACGGUGCGGAACAAACAUGUUCUUGUGGAUCAUAACCAGCGCCUACGUCAGUUGCAGAGUAAUCUGGAGACGCUGAGACGGAAAUUAGUUUCUCCUUUGGUCAGGAGUCAGAACAGUUCGACGUUGUCUGUGGAGGAGCAGAUCAAGGGGUUGGAGGGGACGUAUAGUCAAUUGAAGAGUUCCCGGGAGGUGCAGAGGAGGAAGAUGAUGGAGGUUGUCUAUGGCGCGGGUGAUAGGCGGCAUGGGGUGCCUGGGCACAUGAUCGGGGAGGAGUGA